CUUUUCGGUGCGUCUGUCUCGACCAGCUUAGCACGAAUGAUGACUAGCUUCACGAAGGUAGAUGUAACUGCAGGUCACGGAAUUGAUGAUGCUCAAGUUGUCGUGACUUACAUCAUGAGCGGUCGGACUGCUCAUGCUGGCGGGUAUCUGGGUGCAUCUCUUGCACAUCGCCUUCCUCGUCAGCCUGUCACCCUGCUUCUGAAGAAAACCGCCCGCACAGAUUGCUCUUGCCUUCUGUUGUGAUCUCAGCUACCCCUGCAACUAGCUUCCUGCCCGUUCACUCCAAACGUAACAUCCCAAAUCGCUCGCCGCUCGACCGAUCGAGGAACA